ACAUCCACCGUUAGAAUGCCGCGUGCUUUUGGAAAUACAUGAAAUUUCUAAAUUUAAUAAGCUUACUGACAAUAAAUAUAUUACGUGUAAAUCAACGAAAGUGAAUUGAACAAAACGCUCAAAUAUGUAUACAGCUGUGAAGCCGCUAUCAAAGUAUCUGCAGUUUAAGUCGGUGCACAUAUACGAUGCCAUUUUUACCCUGCACUCGAAAUGCACAGUGGCGUUGCUUUUGGCGUGCACUUUUCUGCUUUCCUCGAAACAAUAUUUUGGGGAUCCUAUCCAAUGCAUGAAAAGUUCGGACAUGGACUACUUUCACGCCUAUUGCUGGAUCUAUGGGGCCUACGUGCAGGCCAAUGUCUCCGUUUCGCCUUCUUUUAAUGGCGCCGUCCAGUGCCGACCUGAUGUUGUGGGUCGCGGCGUGGCCCCAGAAAAUCGACGCUACAUUCGCUACUAUCAAUGGGUUGUUCUGGUUUUGCUUUUGGAGUCCUUCGUGUUCUACUUGCCCGCCUUCCUUUGGAAGAUUUGGGAGGGAGGUCGGCUGAAGCAUCUAUGCGACGAUUUCCAUAAGCUGUCAGUUUGCAAGGUCAAAAGCAAAGCGCAUCUCAGCGUGCUGGUCAACUAUUUCACCAGUGACUACAAGGAAACUCACUUUCGCUACUUUGCCAGCUACGUGUUGUGCGAGAUCCUUAAUCUGGGCAUCAGUCUCUUAAACAUCCUUCUCCUGGACGUAUUUUUCGGCGGGUUUUGGUCCCGCUAUUGGAAUGCCUUACGAGCUUUGUACGCUGGCAACGUUGCCGAGUGGAACAGCAUCACCAUGCAGGUGUUCCCCAAGUGUGCCAAGUGCGAGGUGUACGAGGGAGGCCCCAGCGGUUCGGACAACAUGUACGAUAACCUUUGCCUGCUGCCACUGAACAUGCUGAACGAGAAGAUAUUUGCCUUUCUAUGGAUCUGGUUCAUUUUUGUGGCUGGAUUGGUUUCCCUGAAGAUCCUUUACCGCCUGGCCACCAUUUUCCAUCCUGGAAUGCGAUUCCAGUUGUUGCGGGCCAAAGCUCGAUUCCUGCCCAGGUCGCAUUUGCAGGUGGCCCUGCGCAACUGCAGCUUCGGAGAUUGGUUCGUGUUAAUGCGCGUGGGAAACAACAUCAGCCCGGAGUUAUUCCGCAAGUUGUUGGAGGAGAUGUAUGAAGCACAGUCCCUGACCAAGAUCCCGCCAGGAGCGGAUGAAGUCUAAAAUCCAAGUAUUGACACUUCAAUGAAUCUCAUGUGACUGAAGUAAGUUUGCUUCUUUUCUAAAUUACAUCUUUAGUAGAAGACUAAGAUGACGACUACACUAUUCAUUCACUUUCAUAGAACUAUAUUCGAUAUGUACAUAUUAUCGAUCAAAUUGUUAAUUAAUCUAAAACUCACUCUAAACGAAAAACAGUAUUUUCAGUUGAUUAAGUCAAUUUCUUGCUUUUCGUACUCAGAAAUGAAAUACCUAAAAUUGUAUUGUUUUCUAAAAAGAAGUUAUAAAUGGAAAUUGAACUGAUUGGUUAAUUGAUCAUUUCAAAGUCUCUCAGUUAAUUUCUUGCUUCUCAUACUUAAAAAUGAAAUACCUAAAAUUGUAUUAUUUUCCAAAAAGAAGUUAUAUAUUAAAAUGAAACUGAUUGGUUAAUUCAUAAUUGAUCAUUCCAAGACAUUA